AAAAAAGAAAAUGAAAGAACAAACAGCAAAUAGCAGUAAUGCAGAAGUUGUUAAACAAAACAAAAUUAGAGCAAAGAGUGCAUGGCUAAGAAAAGGGCAUGCUAGAGGAAGUGCCAUUUCAUGUGGAUUAGGUAUUGGAAUUGGCUUUGGUUUUGCAUUGUUUUUAUUAAGCGAAACUACUAAAAACUUUGGUAUUUAUAUGAUGGGUAUAUGCAUAUUCCACAUGUGGGAGUAUAUUUGGGUUGCAAUGUAUCAUCCAGAAAAACUAUCAAGCAAAUCAUUUUUAUUAAAUCACAGUCCACAAUUUAAUAUGGCAUUAACUAUCAGUUUCUUUGAAUAUUGGAUCGAAUGGUAUUUCUUCCCAAAUAUGAAAACAGUAUCAUUAUGGUAUAUCGGUGCAGUAUUUAUGGUUCUUGGUCAAGUAGUUAGAUCACUUGCCAUGAAUACAGCAGGUUCAAACUUUACCCAUAUCGUUCAAGAAGAAAAAAGAGAAACACACGAACUUGUAACAACUGGUAUUUAUAAAUUUAUGAGACAUCCAUCUUAUUUUGGUUGGUUCUUAUGGAGCGUUUCAACACAAUUGGUUUUAUUAAAUCCAAUUAGUAUUGUUGGUUUUGGUUGGGCUUCAUUUAAAUUCUUUUCAAAUAGAAUCGAAUAUGAAGAGGAUUAUUUAAUUGACUUCUUUGGUAAAUCAUAUAAAGAUUAUAAAGAGAAUGUUUGGUCCGGUAUUCCAUUUAUUCAAUAAAUAAAUAGAUAAUAAUAAAUAAUAAUAAUAAAUAAUAAACC